CACUGUUUUAAACCGGUAUGCGACUACCAAUUCCUCAUUGCAGUAGCCUGAUCUGGUGACUCAACGAGAGAGUGUCAUAUUUUAAAGUCCUUUUAUUAAGUAUUUUUUACUACAAAGCUAUGGCAGCACAACAAGAACCAGUAGCAACUUUUAAACUUGUUUUGAUUGGUGAUGGAUGUACAGGAAAAACGGCAUUUAUCACACGUUUCUUGACAGGAAAAUUUGAAAAGAAUUAUAGAGCCACACUUGGCGUAGAAAUACAUCAACUCGUCUUUCAGACAAACAAAGGCCCAAUCCAGUUCAAUGUCUGGGACACGGCAGGUCUGGAAAAAUUCGGUGGUCUAAGAGAUGGCUACUAUAUCCUGGAACAACGUGCCAUGGCUGGCAUAAUCAUGUUUGAUGUGACAUCUAGAGCUACGUAUAAGAAUGUGCCAAAUUGGCAUCGGGAUUUAAUCAGAGUCUGUGAGGACAUACCCAUUGUCCUUUGUGGGAAUAAAGUUGAUAUCGAGGAUCGUAAAGUCAAGGCCAAAACUGUUACUUGGCAUCGAAAGAAGAAUAAUCUUGAAUACUGCGAUAUCAGUGUUAAAUGUAAUCACAACUUAGAAAAGCCUUUCCUCUUGUUGGCAAGAAAACUAGCCAAUGAUCCCAAUUUGGAGUUUGUGGAAAUGCCUGCCUUUGAGCCGCCCGAAGUCCAGAUGGACCCAACUUUAGCUGCCAAAUACGAGGCAGAGCUGAAGCAACGGGAAGAAGCAGCAUGUUCUGAUAAUGAUGAUGACAGUGAUGAUUAGUACUUUAAGUAGCCACAAACCUUUUUAUUUGUUGUUCAGUUGUGCUCUUGCCUGCAGUAAUUUUAGAGCCCUACUCAAAUUACACACUUCUUUGUGUGUAUGCAUGCUUUUUUACUAGUACUUAUUCCAUGUUUAUCCUAUUUAUUUUUGAUGUUUUGAUUGAUGUGGUUGUGGUUACUCCACUAUCUAUGAAAACAAAUGCAAUACGUAUUCCAUAUACAAGUGCACACUUUCACUCAACUUG